UGUAACUGAAACAUGUAGUAUACACUACCGCCCCAAGCACACGAAGACAAACAGGAGAAAAAGGUAGAGCUGGCGACCGAUCCUAUAUAUACAAGCGAACCCGGACGCCACAAGUACGACGAGAAGGCCGAGCGGCAUUGCGGCAACGAUCGAGCUUAUUAGCCGGUGGCGCCCCAUGGAAGCCGCAGGUUGGCCGGAGCCGGUGGUGCGGGUGCAGUCGCUGUCUGAGAGCGGCGCGGCCACCAUCCCGGACCGCUACGUGAAGCCGGUGCACGACCGCCCGUCCGUCCACAACGGCACCACCAGCGGCAGCGUGAGCAUCCCCGUCGUGGACCUCUCGUCGCCGGAUGGGAGCGCGGCGACGGCGCGCGCGGUGUCGGAGGCUUGCCGGGAGUGGGGCUUCUUCCAGGCGGUGAACCACGGCGUGCCGCGUGAGCUCCUCCGCCGCGCGCGCGCCGCCUGGCGCGGGUUCUUCCGCCUCCCCGUGGAGGCCAAGCAGCGGUACGCCAACUCGCCGGCGACGUACGAAGGGUACGGCAGCCGGCUCGGCGUGGAGAGGGGCGCCGUCCUGGACUGGGGCGACUACUACUUCCUGCACCUCCGCCCGCCCAGCAGCCUCUCCGCCGCCGACAAGUGGCCCCGCCUCCCUCCCGACCUCCGGGACGCGACGGAGGAGUACGGGAGGGAGGUGGCCUCGCUGUGCGAGCGGCUUAUGGCGGCGAUGUCGGCGGGGCUGAGCGUCGGGCCGGGGAGGCUGCAGGAGGAGUUCGGCGGGGCGGAGGGCGCCGGGGUGUGCGUGCGGGUGAACUACUACCCGCGGUGCCCGCAGCCGGAGCUGACGCUGGGCCUCUCCUCGCACUCGGACCCCGGCGGCAUGACGGUGCUGCUCGCCGACGAGCGCGUGAGGGGCCUCCAGGUGCGCGGCCGCGGCGGCGAGUGGGUCACCGUCGACCCCAUCGCCGACGCCUUCAUCGUCAACGUCGGGGACCAGAUCCAGGUGCUGACAAACGCGACGUACCGGAGCGUGGAGCACCGGGUGAUGGUGAACGCGGACGCGGAGCGGCUGUCGGUGGCCAUGUUCUACAACCCGAGGAGCGACCUGCCGCUGGCGCCCAUGGCGGAGCUGGUGUCGCCCGGGGCGCCGGCGCUGUACAAGCCCAUGACCUUCGACGAGUACCGCCUCUACAUCCGGCGGAAGGGCCCCCGCGGGAAGAGCCAGGUCGAGUCGCUCAAGGCCCAUGGAGACAGAUGAUGAUGGCCACCUGUUCACCAUCACGAUGGAGCCUCCAAUAAAAAUGGCUAACUGGUGGCGAGUGUUUAAUUAGAACGGUAUACAUCUCCAAACGAGGAGAUGCGAUGUUUGUACUACUAGCAAUUUCUGGAACGCAGACGCCGGUGGCACUUUCUCCUUCUUGAAAUAAAUAAAUAAUAUAAAAGGAGAAAUA